AUGCGGACUACGUUUUUCACGCUCUCCCUUGCCCUUGUCGCCACCUCCGCCGCUUUCCCUACUAGUAGUGGGUCCGGCGGCAGCGGAUGUCCUUUUGCGAGCUCAGGCUCACAUACCAAGCGCCAAGGCGUUACUGGCUUUGACCCAGUGAAGCAAAAGAUCGAUGUAUCUGGAGAGCAUGAGUUUCGACCACCCGGCCCUAACGAUCGACGAGGCCCAUGCGCAGGAUUAAAUGCUUUGGCGAACCAUGGUUUCAUCCCUCGUAGUGGUGUGGCGACACUCGAACAAAUUGUUUACGCUAGUAACGACGUAUUUGGAAUGGGAACAGAUGCAGCUACGAUUUUUACAGUGCAAGGAAUCGCACACGGAGGUGACAUCCCACGCCAAACUAUGUCUAUUGGUGGUCCCGACCCCCCGCCGGGUCUGAGCGGUACUCACAACCAAAUGGAGGGAGAUGCCUCUCCCACACGCGGGGACGCAUACACGAAUGGUGGCGACAGCAUUACCCUCAACAUGAUGCACUUUAAGAAACUUUACAAUCUAAUUCCAGAGGGCAAGGGCGCGAGUUUUGAUAUGGAGGUAAUGGCAAAGCAUCGAGGGUGGACCCGGGAGAAUUCUAUUUCGACUAACCCACAUUACUUUACUUCUCCAUUUGCUGGUCUUUUUGUAUCAACACUCACGCAUUUCUUGUCACCUGCAUUGUUAUCUAAUCAUUCGGCUGAGCGUCCGGAUGGUUUCCUUGACCAUGGUGUUCUGAAAACGUUUUAUGGUGUGACUGGAGAUGGAGAUGACCUUUCGUACCAACCUGGGCAGGAGCGUAUUCCCGAGAAUUGGUAUCGACGCCCAGAUGACUAUGGUCUUUUUACUCAUAUAUUCCCGGAUAUGGCCAAGGUUGCCGCUGGAUACCCUCAAUUCUUUUCGUUUGGUGGAAACACGGGGAAACCUAAUAGUUUUGCAGGAGCCAACUUGGAUGAUCUUACUGGUGGUGCUUAUAAUGCCAAGAACCUCUUAGAGGGCAAUAAUCUAUUCUGUUUUGCGUAG